AUGCCGUCUCCAUCUCCGCCGCCGCCAGUGCUGCCGAUCUCGGAGCACGAGGACGAGAUAGUCGCCGCGGUGGACGCGAACCCUGUGGUGGUGGUUAUCGGCGAGACCGGCUCUGGCAAGAGCACUCAGCUCUCCCAGAUCCUCCACCGCCGCGGAUACACCCGUCGGGGCGCCAUCGCCGUCACCCAGCCCCGCCGCGUCGCUGCGGUCUCCGUUUCCAGAAGAGUAGCUCAAGAGCUUGAUGUUCCACUUGGGGAUGAAGUUGGUUAUGCAAUCCGAUUUGAGGACAGAACUUCAGAAAGAACAUGCAUAAAGUACCUCACGGACGGCGUUCUUCUUCAUGAAAGCCUUUCAAAUCCUGAGUUGAAGCAAUACUCAGUAAUCAUACUGGAUGAAGCUCAUGAGCGUAGUUUAAACACUGAUAUCCUUUUAGGUUUGAUGAAAAGAUUGAUCAAGGACCGAGCUUCAGAUUUAAAAGUUCUAAUCACCUCUGCGACUCUUGACGGUUUAAAAGUUUCGAAGUUCUUCUCAGGAUGCCCUGUGUUAAACAUACCUGGAACUUUGUUCCCUGUGGAGAGAUUUUACAGCACUGAACGCCCAACAAAUUAUAUAGAAUCUUCACUCAGAACAGCUAUAGAUAUCCAUGCCAAGGAACCUCCUGGGGAUGUCUUAAUAUUUAUGACAGGAAAGGAUGAUAUUGACAAGAUGGUCUCAAAAUUGGAGGAAAGAAUUCAAAAUCUUGAGGAAGGCUCCUGCAUUGAUGCUCUUGUCCUUCCUCUUCAUGGUUCUUUGCCACCUGAGCUGCAGGUUAGGGUAUUUGCUCCUGCACAUCCAAACUGCCGACGCUUCAUUGUUGCAACGAAUGUUGCUGAAACUUCACUGACUGUAGAUGGUGUCGUGUUCGUGAUUGAUUGUGGUUAUGUAAAGCAGCGCCAAUACAAUCCAUCAAGUGGAAUGUAUUCACUUGAUGUAGUCCAAAUCAGCAGAGUGCAGGCUGAUCAGCGAGCAGGGCGAGCUGGAAGAACUCGGCCUGGCAAGUGCUAUAGGCUAUACCCAAUUUCCAUAUAUCAGAAUGAGUUUCUUGAGGCAACAGUUCCUGAAAUUCAACGCUCUUCUCUUGCUGGAAGUGUUCUGUAUCUGAAAUCGUUAAAUCUUCCAGACAUCAACAUACUGAAGUUUGAUUUUCUAGAUCCACCAUCACGUGAGUCAUUAGAAGAUGCUUUGAGGCAAUUAUACCUCAUUGAUGCAAUUGAUGAAAAUGGGCAAAUAACAGAUGUUGGACGAGUUAUGGCAGAGAUCCCUCUUGAACCGUCUCUUUCAAGGACCUUGAUUGAAGCAAAUGAAUUGGGAUGCCUGUCUCAGGCAUUAACUGUUGCUUCGAUUUUGUCAGCAGAAAUCACAUUGCGAUCAGCUAGCAAGGACAUGGAUGGAAAGAGGAAAAGGCAGGAGCUUCCUGAUGGUUCUGGCUGGGGUGACCAUAUACAAUUGCUUCAGAUAUUCGAAAGCUGGGACCAAUCUGGCUAUGAUCCAAAAUGGUGCUCUGAUCAUGAGUUGCAGGUGCGGAGUAUGAAAUUGAGCAAAGAUGUGAGGAACCAACUAUGCCAGAUUAUUAAAAAAAUUGCAAAAGGUUCAACUGAUGUGCAUGCAAGGAAAAGCCGGAAGAGUGACCCUGACUAUAGAAAGCUGAGGAGAGCUCUCUGCGUAGGAUAUGGUAACCAGCUAGCUGAGAGGAUGCUGCAUCACAAUGGCUACCAUACUGUUGGCUAUAGGACCCAACUUGUACAGGUGCAUCCAUCUUCUGUACUGGAAGGUGAUGAGUAUGGGAAGUUUCCAAUGUAUGUUAUUUAUCAUGAGCUGAUAAGUACAACUCGUCCAUACAUGAGAAAUAUCUGUGCCGUCAAGCAAGCCUGGGUUGAGCCUAUAUUAAAGAAGCUUGAGAAAUUAGAUGUAAACAGAUUAAGUGGUGGCUCGAGUGCACCGAAAGAUUCUGAACUUCUAGUAGAGAAUAAGCAAGUAAACUCGUUGAAGAAAGACAUGGAUGUAAAACAAUCUGAGGUGGACAGUAAAAUCCAGGCAGCUCGAGAGCGCUACCUUGCACGAAAAGGUAAGAAAUGA